AUGGCAUCGCGACCGCGUCGUUCCGCCGCUCAGCGGGCCACUGAGGCCAUCACUGACAUGGCCGACAGAGACAACGCCCUCAUGUCUUCAUCCAGGUCCCGCCGCUCAGCGGCAGACUCUCCCUCUGCAGACUCGCCACACAUGCACCUCACCGUCAAGGUACCGGCGUCCAAGCUGCGCCAAGCCACCGGCCGUCAGGCCGCAGCCAGCAAGCGCGACCAGUAUGGCGGCCGGCGCUCAGCGCGAGCCACUAAGAAGAGGUAUGUAGAGUCUAGCGAGGACGAGGAUGAGGAAGACGAAGAGGAGGAAGAAGAGGAAGAGGAAGAGGAGCAGGACGAGAUUCGCGUCGGAGAUGAUGACGGUGAGGAGGACGAGGAGGACGAAGAGAUGGAUGAUGCCGAAGGCGAAGAGGACGCCGACGGCGAGGUGGACGACAUGGAAGUCGACGCCGAGGGUGAAGACGAUGACGCCGCCGCCGAUGCCGAUGGCGACGUUGACAUGGAUGUCACCCCGGCUCCGGCCAUCAAGAUCACCAAGCCUUCAAGGAGUGCAGCCAGCAAAUCCAAGGACACCCCCACCAAGGGCACCUCAAGAGCUGCGCCAAGAAACAUCGUUGUCGCCGAUGACGACGACGACGAUGAUGAGCUCAGCGAGCUCGAGAGCGAUGUAGAGGAGGAGAUUAAUGACACUGUCCGAGUUGGCGGUGAAGAGGAUGCCGAAGGCGAAGAAGACGAAGAGGAGGAAGAGGAAGAAGAGGAGGAGGUCGAAGAGGAGGACGACGACGUGGAUGCCGAAGGCGAAGAUGUCGAGGUGGAGGAGGAGGACGCCGAGGGCGAAGUGGAGGAGAUCGAUAGCGACGAUGAUGGCAGCCGAGCCGAAACUCCCGACCUGGCCAAGAUGACCAAACGGCAAAGAGCCAGGUUCGAGGACGAACCCCAACAGUACAUGAAGCUGUCCGAUGAGGUCCAAGUCAAGAAGGUUUUCACUGCAGAGGAGCUGAGCAUGAGGCGGGCAGAGAUGGCUCGCCGCCGUCGCAACCUCAGCGAAAAGCGUAACGAAGAGGUCAAGACCGAAACUAUCAACAAGCUCCUCAAGCGCCAGGCUCCCAAGACCACCAAGAAGGGUGCUGGCCUGGCAGGCAAUGAGACCCCCGAUGUCGAGUCGACGAGGCCUGACCCGCUGUUUGUGCGCUGGAUCAGCAGCAAGGAGGGCAGUCGUAUCGCCGUCCCCGGGGAGAUCCUCGAGGCUCCUAUCGGAAGAGUAUUUGUUCCUGGUGGCUCUGGACCCUUUGGAAGGAAGAUGGUCGAGGAGGUAUCAUAG